CUAAGGAUUGUUCUUUCACACACGACUCCACUUUCAUGUUGCCUCGUCUUCACGCUCCACCAUAAAUUAUUAGCCAGAGUCAAUUGUGACAGUCAACUCACCAAUUCUUCAUCUUCUUUCAGCUGAACCAGCUGCAGUAUCCGGAUCAAUGGAGUCCACUGACAGGAGCCCCAAGGCCUCUCACCCUCACCCCCACAUCCUGGUGUUUCCGUACCCAGCCCAAGGCCACAUGCUCUCUCUUCUCGACCUCACCCACCAACUCGGUCUCCGUGGCCUAACCAUCACCAUCUUAAUCACCCCAAAAAACCUUCCUUUACUCUCUUCUCUCCUCUGCUCCCAUCCUUCCUCCAUCACUCCCCUCGUCCUCCCUUUCCCUUCUCAUCCUCUCAUCCCACCAGGCGUCGAACACGUUAAAGACCUCGGCAACACAGGGAACCUACCCAUCAUGGCCGCCUUAGGCAAACUUCGCGACCCUUUGAUCCACUGGUUCAACUCUCAUCCCAACCCUCCAAUGGCCAUCCUCUCUGAUUUCUUCCUUGGUUGGACACAACACCUGGCGACCCACUUGAAUAUCCCCAGGAUUUCUUUCUUCUCAUCCGGUGCGUUUUUGGCUUCUGUCCUUGACUAUAUUUGGAACAACGUUGAAAAUUUGAAGCCUUUGAGUGAAGUCGAGUUCAGCUAUCUCCAUGGAUCCCCGGUCUUCAAGCAGGAACAUUUGCCAUCCGUGUUUAAACUCUACAAGAGAUCAGAUCCUGAUUGGGAGUUCGUCAAGGAUGGCUUUACUGCAAAUACAAAGAGUUGGGGUUGCGUUUUUAAUUCCGUUGAUGCUUUGGAAACUGAGCAUGUUCGAUGUUUGAAGACACUUGUAGGUCAUGAUCGUGUUUUCACUGUCGGUCCGCUUAGUUUGACAAGCCCGGGUGUAUCGGGGCGGGGUAAUUCGGGUUCGGAGUCUGACCGGAAUGACCGCGUGUUGACUUGGCUUGACGGAUGCGCCGAUGGGUCUGUUGUUUAUGUUUGCUUUGGGAGUCAAAAGCUGUUGACAAAGGAACAAAUGGAAGCCUUGGCAAACGGGCUUGAAAAGAGUGGAACGCGUUUUAUCUGGGUGGUGAAAACGGGCACGACCAAACAGCAAGAAGACGGGUAUGGUGUUGUACCCGAUGGAUUCGAGGAGCGGGUGGCCGGUCGGAGUAUGGUGAUAAAGGGGUGGGCCCAACAAGUGUCGAUACUGAAUCACAGGGCUGUGGGUGGGUUUCUGAGCCAUUGCGGGUGGAACUCGGUGCUGGAAGGGAUAGUGGGCGGAGUCAUGAUACUGGCUUGGCCCAUGGAGGCCGACCAGUUUAUGAACGCCAAGCUCCUGGUGGAUGAUAUGGGUGUGGGUGUUAGGGUGUGGGAUGGUGCUGACGCGGUUCCUGAUUCAGAUGAAUUGGGUCGGAUCAUCGCCAAGUCGAUGAAUGAGGGUGGAGGAGUUAAGGCAAAGGCUAAGGAACUGAAACAGAAGGCUUUGGCGGCAACAAGUGAUGGUGGGAGCUCCAGGAAGGAUUUGGAUAGGAACGAUGGUGGUUGAUGCAUAAAAGUGGUCAGACUCCAAAUCUUCCAAUAUGUUGAUGAAUGUGUCCACUGUGUCUGAUACGAGCAACUAGCCUAAGGAUGAAUACAAGCUGUUAAAUCAGAUGCUAAGAAGCUCG